AUGAAAGCCACCCUUGUCCUCGCGUCCGCCGUUUCGAUGGCGUCAGCCGCCAAGCAGUCCAUCCUCACAUUGGGGAGCGAAGAGCGAUCUAUCCUCAAGAACGAGUUGGACGAGUGGAAGGCGCAGUUUCUCGACAUUGCCCAGGCCAUGGGGGCCCUUCCCACGCACACCGAGAGCCUCACCGACGUCGAAUCGGACGAGCUCCAGCGCUUCUUGGACACCAAAAUCCAAGUCGAAGUGGCGCGCCAGGCCAACCCCGAGGCCGAGUUCGACGUGAACAACCCGUUUGCGCUCCUCACCCACGCCGAGUUUCUCCAGAUGGUGCAGGUCUCGUUCGACCAAUCCAGCCUCGGCCAUCUCAACGCCGUCGAAGACACGACGCCCGUCAACGUCACGGCCACCUCCGCGGACUGGACCACGUCUAAGUGCUUGUCGCCUGUGCGCAACCAAGGGUCAUGCGGGUCGUGCUGGGCGUUUUCGACCAUCGGCGCCGCCGAGACUGCCCACUGCCUCGCGUCGGGCCAGCUUCUCGACUUGUCCGAGCAGCAACUCGUGAGCUGCUCCAAGAACGGGGGGAGCAUGGGGUGCAGCGGGGGCUGGCCCCAAGCCGCCAUGGACUGGCUCAAAGACGGCGCGUGUCUCGAGUCCACGUACCCCUACACCGCCCAGACCGGAUCGUGCAGCACUAGCUGCGCCAAGACCAAGCUCAGUUUUGGUCAGACCAUCAAGUCUACAGGUGAAGACAAGCUCGCGAGUGCGCUGGACUCGCAGCCCGUGUCGGUUUUGGUCGAAUCAGGCAACGCAGUGUGGCGCAACUACAAGAGCGGCGUGGUCACCCAGUGUCCUGGAGGCCGUUCCGACCACGCCGUCAUUGCUGUGGGCUACGACGCCACGUCGUUCAAGAUCAAGAACUCGUGGGGGACUUCUUGGGGGAACGGCGGGUACAUGACCCUCAAGCGCGGCGUGGGCGGCAAAGGCAUGUGCAAUGUCGCCGAAGCCGUGGUCUACCCCGCCUUGGCCGGCGACGUCAAGCCCACGUCGCAGUCCCCCACGCCGUCGACACGCAAGCCGUUUCCGACCUCUCCCUCUUCUAGUACCCGCAAACCCUUUCCCAGCUCGUCCAAUGCCCCUCCCACGACCAAGCCCCACCACACGUGCAAGCCCAAGGCCAAAAAGGGUCGUCAUGGCAGCGUUUCCUCUUCGAGCAAUUAG